AAAAUUUUUUUUUUUUUUUAGAAACCUUUUUCUCCCAACGGAAAACUCCAAAACAGCUCUGUCUCAGAAUGUUAAACUUGGCAUGGAUAAGAAAUUUUUAAAUACACACCAAAGUGCAGUCUUCUGAAUGGCCACAGGUAAGGCUGUCGAUUUGUGUGAUCCUUCUCUGAGGCACCUUCAGUGAGUCUACUCAGUUUCCCAGAAGGGAAAGGGGCAAGAGCUGAGUUCAGACCUGGAUACCCUUCUAACUCUCAUAGAGAAAAAGUGAAUUGCCCAGUAAGGCUUGCACACUGUACUUAGGAUGCAGCCGCUCUCUGUCCCCUGCCCCAAUGAACAUCUGCAAUAGGCCCAAGCCUUGGAGUGACUUACCUGAAGAGUGACACCAUUUGUCUGAAAUCUAUUAAAGUAUAAUUGAGAGGAAAAGUGUGAAAGAAAUGCAAAGGGGAAACAAUAGGAAGAAACCCAAGACAGCUGAAAACCAGAAGGCAUCUGAGGAGAAUGAGAUUACUCAGCCGGGUGGAUCCAGCGCCAAGCCGGGCCUUCCCUGCCUGAACUUUGAAGCUGUUUUGUCUCCAGACCCAGCCCUCAUCCACUCAACACAUUCACUGACAAACUCUCACGCUCACACCGGGUCGUCUGACUGUGACAUCAGUUGCAAGGGGAUGACCGAGCGCAUUCACAGCAUCAACCUUCACAACUUCAGCAAUUCCGUGCUCGAGACCCUCAACGAGCAGCGCAACCGUGGCCACUUCUGUGACGUGACGGUUCGCAUCCACGGGAGCAUGCUGCGCGCACACCGCUGCGUGCUGGCAGCCGGCAGCCCCUUCUUCCAAGACAAGCUGCUGCUGGGCUACAGUGACAUCGAAAUCCCAUCGGUGGUGUCAGUACAGUCGGUGCAAAAGCUCAUUGACUUCAUGUACAGCGGUGUGCUGCGAGUCUCACAGUCGGAAGCUCUGCAGAUCCUCACAGCUGCCAGCAUCCUGCAGAUCAAAACAGUCAUAGAUGAGUGCACACGCAUCGUGUCUCAAAAUGUGGGCGAUGUGUUCCCCGGCAUCCAGGAUUCUGGCCAGGACACACCAAGAGGCACACCAGAGUCAGGCACAUCUGGCCAGAGCAGUGACACGGAAUCAGGCUACCUGCAGAGCCAUCCACAACACAGUGUGGACAGAAUCUACUCGGCACUGUACGCUUGUUCCAUGCAGAAUGGCAGCGGCGAGCGCUCCUUCUACAGUGGUGCAGUGGUCAGCCACCACGAAACUGCACUCGGCCUGCCCCGUGACCACCACAUAGAAGACCCCAGCUGGAUCACACGCAUCCAUGAGCGCUCGCAGCAGAUGGAGCGCUACCUGUCCACCACCCCUGAGACGACACACUGCCGCAAGCAGCCCCGGCCCGUGCGCAUCCAGACUCUUGUGGGCAACAUCCACAUCAAGCAGGAAAUGGAAGAUGACUAUGACUACUACGGGCAGCAAAGGGUGCAGAUCCUAGAGCGCAAUGAAUCCGAGGAGUGCACAGAAGACACUGACCAGGCCGAGGGCACCGAGAGCGAGCCCAAAGGUGAAAGCUUUGAUUCCGGGGUCAGCUCCUCUAUUGGCACUGAGCCUGACUCAGUGGAGCAACAGUUUGGGGCAGGAGCCACAAGGGACGGUCAGGCGGAACCCGCCCAACCUGAGCAGGCAGCAGAAGCUCCAACUGAGGGCAGUGUCCAGCCAAACCAGCUAGAAACAGGUGCCUCCUCUCCGGAGAGAAGCAACGAAGUGGAGAUGGACAACACAGUGAUCACUGUCAGUAACAGCUCCGAUAAGGGUGUCCUGCAACAGCCUUCAGUCAACACAUCCAUUGGGCAACCAUUGCCAAGUACCCAGCUCUAUUUACGCCAGACAGAAACGCUCACCAGCAACCUGAGGAUGCCUCUGACCUUGACCAGCAACACACAGGUCAUUGGCACAGCUGGCAACACCUACCUGCCAGCCCUCUUCACUACCCAGCCCGCGGGCAGUGGCCCCAAGCCUUUUCUCUUCAGCCUGCCACAGCCCCUGACAGGCCAGCAGACCCAGUUUGUGACAGUGUCCCAGCCCGGCCUGUCCACCUUUACUGCACAGCUGCCAGCGCCACAGCCCCUGGCAUCAUCUGCAGGCCACAGCACAGCCAGUGGGCAAGGUGAAAAAAAGCCUUAUGAGUGUACUCUCUGCAACAAGACUUUCACAGCCAAACAGAACUACGUCAAGCACAUGUUCGUCCAUACAGGUGAGAAGCCCCAUCAAUGCAGCAUCUGUUGGCGCUCCUUCUCCUUGAAGGAUUACCUUAUCAAGCACAUGGUGACGCACACAGGAGUGAGAGCCUACCAGUGCAGUAUCUGCAACAAGCGCUUCACCCAGAAGAGCUCCCUCAAUGUGCACAUGCGCCUGCACCGCGGGGAGAAGUCCUAUGAGUGCUACAUCUGCAAGAAGAAGUUCUCCCACAAGACCCUGCUGGAGCGACACGUGGCCCUGCACAGUGCCAGCAACGGGACCCCUCCGGCAGGCACACCCCCAGGUGCCCGCGCAGGCCCACCAGGCGUGGUGGCCUGCACGGAGGGGACCACUUACGUCUGCUCCGUCUGCCCAGCAAAGUUUGACCAAAUCGAGCAGUUCAACGACCACAUGAGGAUGCAUGUGUCUGACGGAUAAGUAAUACCUUUCUCUCUUUCUUACGAACCAAACGAAACAACAAAAGAAAUAAACAAACAAACAAACAAAAAGCUAUGGCACUAGAAUUUAAGAAAUGUUUUGGUUUCAUUUUUACUUUCUGUUUUUGUUUUUGUUCCGUUUCAUUUUUUACUCCACGAAGAACUGUAUUUUGCCUGCUGGUACAUUACAUUUCCGGAGGCUCGGGCAAAUAAGACUUUUCCCAGUCUCCCUUGGAUGGUGGCCUUAAGGCCUGGUAGUGCUUCAAGAGCUCCACUGGUUGGAUCUCUAGCUACUGGCCUCUAAAUACAACCCUUCUUUACAAAAAACAAAACAAAACAAAAAAAAAACAAAACAAAAACAAAAAAAAAGCAAAAAACAACACACAAAAAAAGCAAAACAAAAAAAUCUUUUAAAAAAGUUAAAAAAAAGUUUAAAAAAAGACAAAGUUGUUUUUCCACUCGUGAAGAGCACUACAAAGUCUAUAAGGAGAUGUAAAAGGCCUGCUGUCUGUAAGUACACCGCUCACAGUGUUUCAGUGGACAUUUCACAGUUCUGGCCACUUGGACUUCAUAGUAACCAGUUAAAACUGUAAUAUCGCUUCUGGCUGAGAACCCAGAAAAGGCCCUGCUGUUUCCACCUACCACAUUAUUAAAGGGCUGUGGGAUGGGAGGGGGCAGUGAGCUCAGUGGUGUGAGGAAAAGUGGCAUGGCAGGCUUCUCCCCCAAUUCUGCCCAGUCCACACACCCUGGCCCGCCUCCGCCACAUCCCCCUCCCCUUUCAGCAGAAGCCAGAAGACUUGGACAAGCAACAGUGGCUAUCGUAUUUAUUCAGUGUCUUCGCUGAGCCUCAGCCUCAGCGCAAUCAGGAGGGACUUUCAAGAAAGGCAGGAAUGCAGAGAAAAUGGUAACAGAUUCGCACCUAUGUUUCUAGGUACAAGAGAAGGAUUAUUUCCAACAACCUUUGCAAAAAAAAAGUGUCAGGAUAUAUUCUUGUGGAAGAGAAAAAGAAAGAGAAAUGGAGGGUGGGGGGAACAAUAAAAGUUCUUGAUGCUUUUUUAAUUCAAAAUUUUAUAGAGGGGCAAAAGUGAUGUUUACCAGAUAGAAUGCUGAUUUUUUUAAUAUAUUUACAACAGUAUUUGUGUAAAAAAAAAACAAAAAAGUGAGAUUGUUAAAAGUAAUUUUUUUUCUCAUUUUGGUUUUGCAUACACUGCCACCAAUCCCUUCUCAUUUACUUUGUCUCACACACACAUAUAUAUAUAUAUAUUUUUUGGUAAGUCAAGACUGUUAAGGUUAGCGAUACUGCUUCCAGAUAGAAAGAAUAAAAGGCAACUAAAGUUAUAUUUGAAAGAGAGGAAGGAUAUUUUCUUCAUAUUUUUUCUUAAGUUCUUUUAUUAUUUUAAGUAUUGCCUGGGUUGCUGAGGGCCUCAGAGGCCCACCCACCCCUGCUGUAAUUUCAACUGCUGCUGUGUUUUGCUGUGUAGAUCUUUGACUUCUGGCUUAAGUUGCUCCACUGAAUCCUCUUCCGUUGACCCAUCUAGAAUCCUGUCCUUUCUCCUGGGAGGGACGUGAUCCUUUAGCAAAUUUCCUACUUCUCCAACAUCUUCACUGAGCUCUUCGGAUUCUAGAAUCCCUUGCUUUUAUUUCUUUGAUGAAACACUAGUAGUCUAGAGAUCUUGACAGAGGAGGUUUGUUUUGUUUCUGGUCAGUCAGGAGCACUCCACAAAGUUCUCCCCUCCCACUGUGUGAAACCUGUUACAGACCACAAUGCGUCGAUGCCAAAACUCUUUCUUCCUUUCAGAUGUCACCCUGGACUCUUCCCUCCAUGCCUGAGAGGGCUAAAAGAUGAUGUCUCUAGCUGAUUAUUAACAAUUUCCCAAGCUAACAUCCAGUGAAAACUGGCCCUGGAUCUCUGGUGUCAUCCCAGAUACCAAUCUUUCUAGCUGGGAUUUCUCUCUUUUGUCUUGAUCAAGAAAUCAUAAGAUUUUCCAGUUAUAUACAGUGUCUUAAAGGAAUCCAGCUCAGACUAUAACUUUUAAACCUAGCUAAUACUCACAAAGUAGCUUCAUGACUGGGCAUGUUUUAGCAUACUUAAAAGGAAAAGUAAAUAUUUCAAUAAUGCAGAAACACCGAACUACAUUUUUAAAAAAUAAGAAAAGAGGUAUUUUUGUUUCUAAAUUAGUCUACAUUUUAAUUUAAUUUUCCUCCUAAUUUUCCUGUUAGCAUUUUAUUUACCAAAAAAAAAAAAUGCAGCAAACUAGGGAAAAUCUUCCAAGGCAAGCAACUCUGUAAUGACUAAAUUGGUUUUAUUCAUACAUUUUAGACAAUUGGUUAAGUUGGAUCUUUUCCAAAUGUUCUUUGUGAUGUUUCGUAGUUUGUGCAACUGGAAUGUUUGUGCAGUCUGAGUUGUCUUAUGGUGCUUCAUUCAGUGGAUAUUUUGCUAGGAGUUGUAAUGUAGAUUUGGAUGGUUAGCUGACUACUGAGGAUCACUCAGCAUGAUUUCUAAGAGGACAACCAAGAACAUGUGUGACCUGCUUUAAAAAUGAGCUUCAGAAAUGCAGAGGCCCUCUCCACCCCACCCACCUGCUGGUUUUACUGUUGAAAGGGUCAGUAUGACCCUUGCCACCUUACCACCAAUAGAGGGAGCAUUAAGUAACUACAUCACUGAAUCAUUUUGAUAUUUUGAAACAUGAGUCAUUAACCCAUUAGGAAAAAAAAAUAUGACAUUGUGAUAUUUUUUCUUAAUCUGGAGGAAAAACGACAAAAUCACUGUAUAAAACAAACGAAAAAAGGUCAUACCUAGUUUUAGUUAUUUUCACUGUUGUCAGGGGUACAUUUUAAAUAGUGUCUCUAUUCCACGCUUAACAAAGCAGGCAGAAUUCAUAUUGUUUCUGGUAAAGCUUAUAUCGGGUGCCAUUGGACUUCCCCAUCCUCUCCUGAACUCUGAAAGAGAUCCAUUUGCCUUAAUGCUGUUUUGCCAUUAAAGCUAAGAAACUGCAUUAAACCCAAUGUUUGUUGUAGAGCAUGUAAGAAAAAGAACAGGUGACUGGAAGCCCUGAUACACAUCCUGUCCUUAAUAAAGGGAAUAUUUCCUUUAAAGAGAACGGGAAGAUCCCUGAAGAUUUCUUGGUAAGGUCCUCCUCCCUAGGCUCAUUCCUACUGUAUUUUUUUCUCCCAAACAUCUCACAGCCUAAAAUAUUUGACAUUGUUCUCUAGAACUGGGAGGACACUAACCUGCUCUCAAGCAUCUAUAGGGCCACUGCCACAUAUUCAGCCUUUAAAGGGUGGCCUUCCCAGUAACCGACAGUUCAGGAGAAGAGCCUGUCUGCACCUCCUCCAGGAGAUGCAGGUGCUUGAUUCCAUGCACCAUCCCUGGCUUAUAGCUACAAGGUGUGGGCGCGGGGGGGGGGUGUCUCAGUUUUUGGUUUCCAGUCCUGCAGUUUCUAUGAUGGAUGCUGUCAUUGCUUUUAAAACUGGAAAAGAAAGAAAGGUCUUUGUAGUAUUCAGGAAAACAUAUAUAGAGAGAGGGGGAGGCAGAUGUUCCGGACAGGAGACCUAAGGAGAAGUUUGAGGAACGAGAGCUGAUACGCAAAAGCAUACUAGAAUAAUUUUUUUAAACAAAAUUUGAUAAAAAAAAAAAAGUCUGAGGAAUGUUUGUCUCAACACGUUUAUAUAGAAAUUAUGAAAAAUAAAAUUCCCUAGCACUAAAAACAUCAGUAGUGUCUCAGCAUGGUGGGUCGUGUUUCCUAUAUUAAAUAUCAACAUUUGUACAAAAAAGAGCCCCUAACUGUAAAAUAUACCCCCCCAAAAGACAAUAAUGGAUGUUCAGUUCUACAAUUAAAAGCAAAGAACUGAGAACCCCCCCUCCAGUAAUCUCAAAUGAAAAUCUUCAUCAAAGUAUUUUCAUUGUAAAUUUACCUUCCUCACAGUCAUUUUGCAGGCUUUCCCAUCCCAGUUCUGUUUGCCAGGAAUGAAGGCAGUAAGUAACCCUGGCUCAGAUCCUACCAUUCCUUCCCCGUAUUCUAGUAGGUCACAGGGGCCUUGGCCUUAGAAAGACUUGGGUUUGCCUUUUUUCUCUAAAAAUCAGAAAGCUUUAUCUUACGUCGCGAUAUCAUGUAAGGACCAAGAAAACCCUUUCCGGCCCAUGAACAGGGAGAGUCUGUGUAUAUCUGAGGCUAAAGAGUGAAGGGCAAGCUGUUCAUGCCAGUCUUCCUGUCCUGAUCUGUCUUCGUGUGCUUCCUUCUCACACAGCGGUGUGUGUCCUGCCCGUGCCCCAAAGCAGUGUUUCUUUCUGUGAAGAAGUUAGAAGGGAAGAGCUGCUUCCUAAAACCUUUCGGGUCCCCAGUAAAACAGUCCAGUUCCUUGUUGCUUUCCCAUUGCAGUCCUCUAAGAUAUCCCAACUCCUUUGCGCUGAGCAAUGAUGAAAGUGAGAUCGGCCUGGCCGGGAUGCACAGCAGAAAUGCCCCUCCUGAGCCUUCCCCCGAUGCUGCUGAUAGGGUCUUUUAAUUAGUUAGGGCUGGCUGUGGGGAGUAUAUGGUUCCCCUAGGAUCACAUCAGGUUGGCUCUGCUGUGACCAGUGUGGCAGCUGCAGCAAAGUGAACACAAAGGUGUAGGUCAGGAGCGACAGGACGUGCCCUGUGGGAAGAGAACAGAGGGUGGGAGGGAGCCUUUUCUGCUGUGACUUGACUCUUAAAGAAACCCUCCAAAAUGAAUUCUUUAAUUUAGUAAUGAGUUGAAGUCCAGGGUAAUGGAAGCUCUGGGGAAGAGAACAAAAGAAUUGCACAAUGUAUUCAGUACCCAACAAUACCAAACCAGAAAACAUCCAAUCACAAAGCUAGGAAGUUUGGCAAGAGGUACUUAGGGAAACCUCCAGCCUUUUCCAUGGGUAGGGUCCUCAGACUUUCUUUUGAGUGAUUUCUGGCUCGAAGAAACCUCUUUACUCACUAGAAAAGAACUUUUAUUUAAAUAACCAAUUUUGUCCCCCAGGGGAAAAAAAAAGAAAAAUUUUAAAAAGACAGAAAAGAAAAAUAGGACACUAAAGACAGAACCAUGUGAGUUGGUGACAAACAAAAGAAAGGGGACACUAGAAUUUCAAUAGACUCCCCAAUUGGAUGGGGGGGUGCGGGAAGCAAAGCUACCCAAGGGCCUACCAGCUCCAGACUCCCAGUCUGCUGGGAGGGGACGGAGUGCUUGAUCUGACCCAGCUGCUGCCUUUCUGGGACUGAACAUAACUUCCCAGCUGGGACCAUGGCAACCUCCUCCUCGGUUCUGUAUUUUCAUAAGGAAACAGGACUGUUCUCUUAGGUGGCAUGGGGUGAACAUCCCAAAACAAGCUCUGCCCUGUGCCCAGGCUGCUUUUCUGCUUGACCAUGGAAUCCACAGCAGUAAGUGGUAUGCAUCCACUGUGGACUUCCGUUCCCUCAGCGGAAGAGACAAAAGAUGAAGGCUGGCAGUGCACACGUUCUUUUUGAGAACCGCAUGUCUCCUCCUCACUGAAGGAGGAGUAGAAAGGCCCAAGACUAAAACAAGAGUCUUAGCACAGGACUGACAGCUGCCCUUCUCCCAUGUUCUUUAGACCCCAUCUGUUGCUCCAAGGUGAAGUAAACUCAGCUAAGGAAUUUUCACAAGAAACCGUUAGGUUGUAGAAUUAUUGCCUUAAGUUAGAAACCCUGAGGGAAAGCAGACAAAAAAAAAAUUACAGAAAAUGGAAGGCUCCUAGGAUAAGAACUUUUGCUUUUUACUGUUCCACAGUCACAAAAGUAAGCUCUAUUCAUGCCUGAAGACCAUGGAAACAGUGACUUCCUGGGGAGGCACCAAACUUGUAGGGGAACCGGCUGCUUUCAGGAAGCAGCUAUUUCCUGUCUACUCUAUCUCAUUGGUAGGUCGAGGCUGAAUGUGAAAUUAGCAUGUUGCUAAGUAGCGAGUCCCGUUCAACACAAUCACAGGUGCCUGGAUGAGUCUUAAAUGUCUCCUUAACGGGGAGAACAAUCCCAACGCACAGCUUUCUUUUUAUAUAUAAUCUGGUUUUCUACAGUCUGCACUUGGUUCCACCUCAGUUUUGGAGUGCAUUUGGUUUACCUUGUGGGUCUUUGUGUAAAUGCAGAAUCAAAACUUUAAAGUCUUUAGUGAGGAGGCAUAUGAUCUGCAUAUCAUUGACGAAAGAUAGCCCUCCUCAUGAAGUCCCAGCAUGGGCAGUGCCUGAAGACAGUCGGCUCCCCUGGGAUCGCUCGCGAAUCGAGAGGUUUCUCCGUUCGCAGUACUUUCAAGAGAUUCUUAUACCCCCACAGCAGAGAGAAAAGAAUUAACCCCACAGGAGACAUCUGUUUCUGCUGCUGUUGCAACAGUUGUCAUAGCCUGAAGCAUCAGUUAUUUGCACACAGAUGCCAUUAACAAAAGUGGCUUAACCCAUCCAGUUUGUCCCAGCUGCUGGCCAGAAUAUCUGCAGAUGAGUGCACCUUACACAUGUGCAUGCAUGGUGUGAGGUGCCCCUACCAUACCAGGAAACUUCAUUCAUAUUCUAAAGAGACAACAAUGUAGACUUGGGAAUUUCCAGUAGAGUCAGAGGCCCGACCCCAUGCAUAUGCCUGCUUUUUUGCUUCGUCACCUUGGUUGGGUGCAUCAGUAUCUGGGAUGAGGCUUUAGAGCAUUGGGAAGUAGCCCAACCAUCAGUAGUUUGUAUAUAGCCUUUUAAGGGGAAACUUGAACAAAUGCUACACUUCUGUGGAUUUACUGGUGAAUGUGUGUGUGUGUGCACACACGUGUGCGAGCACACGACUACACACAUUUGUAUGUUUAUGUGUAUUUAUGUCGUCUGAGUGUGCGAGCAUCUCUCAAAUGAAGCCCACACCGGCAGAGUUCCUGGUGCAUAGAUACAGUUGCCUCUUCUACUAUUGUGCUCAGACUCAUGGCUCUCUUCCCAGGAAGCAGUCACCUGCCCACUCUGUUGCUUUUUGUAGUAUUUCAGAGUUGGGAGAAACAAAGGCAGCUUGUUGGCUCCACAGCAAACCCACAGGGACAGGCUGUUUCCCUCCAGAAGAGGGUGGAGUACACAUUUUUCAACCAAGGAGCAGAGGGAGCCAUCCAAGACACCCCACAGGACUCCCAGAGGGGAGGCACCCACCCAGGCAGGUAGCACCCAAGCAUCCCAAAAUGAAGUGGCCUGAGCUCAAAGGCCACUCUUGUCCUCUCUGGAACCUUGGAGGCUUUAGAGAAGGAGCACGGUCUGCAGAUCAUAGAAAAAGUCUAGCUCCAGGCAUGUAGUCUCAGCUCACAGCGUGCACACACACACACACACACACACACACACACACACACACACACGAACUACAUGGGAAUCCUGCUCUCAGACUGAAGCUCCCUGAUGCUCCCUGCCCCUGCAGGACAUCAUUGUCAUUCACAAGCUGUGUUUCCUGAAACCAGUGUGGCCUUCACCAGUCUUUCGAGGAUGGGUUGUUUACCAGUCUAGCAAACCAAUAGAAAACAGAGGAAUAACUUGAGGGGAAUCAGGGGCGCUUGCCCAUGUCAGGCAUUAAAGUAGAAUGCUCCUCUAGUAUGUAUAUUGAAUGACUGGACUUAGCUCUCAUAGGUAACUCUGGAUGGCUUGAUGACCUAGAAACAGUUGGAUUUAAUUUUCUCAGUCCCACGCCCUUCUUUUACUAGAUGGUUCCUUUCUCCUGUACCCCACCUGUUGUGAUAUAUGGAUUAUUUCUGCUUUACCGAAUUCAGAGGGCCUUCUUUUAUCUUCUGUUUUAGUGACAUUUCCCCUUCCCCCAGGCAGUAAGGCUACUUACCGUUACAAAUAUUUUUUUUUGGUUUGUUUAUUAUUUUUUUCAAGUGCGUAUUGUCUUUCUGUAGCCAAAAGAAGUCUGUGACUGUAACCACAGGUAUUUCUUAUUACUGGAAAAAAAUUUCAUUUCUUGUUUUUAUUUGUAUUGUUUUAAUUAACAGUACUAGUGACUUUGUGGAAGACUAUGGUUACUAUUUAGGUAUGCUUAGUUAAGUACAAUACACUACAUUGCAGUGUUUCUGAAACCUAGAACAUACACAUUAUAUAUAACAACUCUAUAUUGAAAUAUAUUACAGUAUAUUCAUUUUAACUUUGGCUCUGCCAAUGCUCAUGAGUUGACUGAAAUAUUUCUUCACAUGUAUCACCCAUCCCCACCUGCUGCAGUUACUCUGGUUCAUUUAAUGACCGUUACGGUUCUAGUUUGCUUUUUAUAUUAUCAGCUUCAGUAUUGUCUUUAGAAGAUUUUAGGAUUUUUUUUUUUAAAGCUCAGAUUUAGCACAUGUAGGAAAGUGAAAACUGUUUAAACUUUAAAAAAUUAUUUUGCUGUGGCUAAUACAAAGAAGUGCAUAUUCCACGUGAUCGUGUUUAGCUGCCCCGUCAACACCUGAAGAGCAAAGGAAGUGCGAACAUGUCUGUGGUCUUCCCCUUUAGGACUGCCGUCGGCUAUAUUUGCUUUAAAAAAAAAAAAAAAGUAAGACCACGGAGCUCCGUCACAUGAUCUGACCAACUGUCAUAAGCUGCAUUUCAAAGGGCUGCUUUGGUGAGAAGCAAAGACAGGGAAGUGCCUCACUCUCCCGACUGUAUCUCGAAACAAUGGAUUUCAGUUUUGAUCCUUCACCGUUUGCUCUCUCUUGUUGGUAUGCUUGCCAUUAUUUUCAUUGGUCUUCAGCAUUUCUCUGGAGGCAUCUUGGCAAUACACCAUUCAUUUCCCCAGGAGAUUUCUUUUUAAACUAAAACCACAUUUCUGGAAACUUUUUACAGACAGAACUCAAAAACAUAUAUGACAUUUUCCAGUCUCCAGACCCCAUGAGUUGGUGGCUCUUGGUUACCUGGCCCUUAGCAUCUCUACUUGCUUUCUUCUUUAGCCAGGCCACCAAGGGGACAUUCAGAAACCAAAUAGCUUGUCUUCUAACAGAAGCACUUUCAGGUCAUCUUUUCAAGUAAAAACUUUGUUCAGCUGCCCCCAGCUAUUCUACCAAAAGUCUGGACAUCAGAAUCAAAUCAGCUGAACCCCAUCUCAUCCUUCGCUGUCUGUAUUCAGGACAAAAUGAAGUAUAACCCCCCCCCCCAUGGCGGACCAAUAUUUAAGCUUCUCAGUGUGACUAUACGACUUUUCCUUCAGUCUUCCAUCACUUAUUAUCUCCCAGUCUCAUCACAUUCUGCUGUGCCUAUUCAGUGUGUCUCUGCCCCCAACCCACCCUAUCCUUAGCAUCUUCCAUUUGAGAAGCCUGGCAUUCAUUAGGACUUUCCUUUAGUCUCCUUUGAUGAUGCUAAGCUGGAGCCUAGUAGGAAACUACUUACAUUUCAUCUGUUUUCAAUGAAAGACAUGCCAGCUGAAAAGAGUGAACUAAGUGGUCCUGAGGUUGUCCCUUCAGUGACCAUAUGAGACAAACUGUCCUAACUCCAUUAUUUAGGCUUCCCUUUCUUUGCCAAAUUCUCAUUAUGUCUUCUGGUUUCUUUUUAAAGGGAAUUUUGAGCUACCCAAUCAUCUCUUCAGUGCUUCCCCCCCAAAAAAAAAUUACAUUCAGCCCCCCAACUGUUCAUGUCUUUCUUCUCCCUCCCUUCUUAGCAUCUUUCUUUAAGUGAGUUCAUAAACUUGGGACUCGUAGGCAGAAUGAAACAUGUCUUCAUUUCAGCUUCAGAUUUUAAAGGUUGACAGUGUCUUUUGAGAGUAGGAGGACUUGAGUCACAGUUCUAAAUGUCAACUGUACUAGUUGAGAUCAUUAAUUCCUCUCACCUUUACAUUAAACCAAAGAGAAGUAUUUUCUUUUCUUUUUUCUAUCUUUUUAUUUUUUGAUACCACGGUUUUCAGAUUCUUGAUAUCAGUAGACCAUUUCUGAGGGAGGAAAAAACCUCCCAUGUUGAUUAUUUCUGCCUGUGCUAAUAUUUAGCCAGUGACAUGUUUGCCAGAUACUAGAUUUACAAGAAUCUGAAGAAAGAGGCAACAUUUCAAAAUAACUUUGGUAGCUAUUUAUGCCAAAAGCCACUUUUCAUUUAAAUACAAUGUAAGAAAAGUUUGAAAGAAUUUCUUCAUGUAUUAACAUUUUUGAAAAGCCAAAUAUUGGUUUGUCUGAAACUUUGAAGGAUAAUUUAUUAAGGAAUAAGAGGAUCUAUAAAGUUCAUCAAGUGCUUGUUUUAUAAACAAAAAUUGCCUCAACAUAAACAUAAUGUAUGUUAAAAAACAAGAAUAAGGAUGACUGGAUCCUAUAUUAGAUUUGAUAUUCAGGACUCAGUUUAUAAAUACACAAUAUGCUAUUUGGCCAUUGUUCUAGAGCUCAUUCCAAUUACAACUUUCUGGUCUCCAGAACACUAAUAAAGAAGAUUGAAGGCAUUGUGGGUGUAGCCCUUUGGGGAUACUUGUAAUAUCAUUUCACAGUAACCCUUUAGCGCAAUGCCCUAACUUGCUAUGAUCCCACAUUGUCUCUCUGCUCAUAUGAAUAUGGAGUCUGAGACAAUUUGGAGUGCACAGGUACUUACUUCCUGCUCUACCUUGACACUCAAAAUCCAUACUUAAAAUGAAAAAUGUAGCAUCACUUGGCUUGAGGCUUGAUCCAACUUUUGUCUUAAGACAAUUUAUAACAUCCAUUUGCACAGAGAGCAGUGAGAUAAAUGGCAAGUUCAAAAACCUUCUUGAGGCAAACAAACAUCUCUCAGUAAGUCACCAUGUCUUGAGGCCAGUGUUUACAUUGAUAAAGACAUUGACCUUUGCUUGGCACGGCCUCCAACUUAGUCUUACCUUCGGAGCUCUUCCUUUUUUCAUUUCAGGCUUUUGCUAUCUCUUUUGAAAGUAUUCUGUAUUGAAAGAAGCCUUGUCCUCUGGCAUUGCUUUCUGAAGGCCUAGAAGAUUCAUUCAAAUCACUAAAUACUGUCUGCCAUCUCAAGUGCAGUGUGGCAGGGGAGAGGUCUGGGUCAGAAAGAUCUCAUUGGAUCCACUUGAUCCAGGCUGCCUGCUUGCCAUUGUUUCUUCAAGGUCCCCAAGAGAUUCAACUCUAAGAUCCAGGCUUUCUCACCACAACCUCUUAAGUUUGUCACAGAUGAAUGUCCAAAUCCUGUUUAAUAUUCUAGAGGCUCCAGGGUGUGAAUUCUUACUGCUCAGGAGCCUCCUGUUUUCACAAGCUGGCACCUGUCAAGAGCACCGACAGCCCCAACAGUAACUAAUGCAGCACAGUAGUGGUCAGAAAUGCUGGAGUGUGCAUUUGAGAGAUUAGCAAGUGAUUUUUUUUUCUUCUUUUACCCGUUUUGUUUAGUUUUUUUUUUUUUUUAAGCCUGCAUACCCCUCCCCAACAUAUUUCAGAAAACCUGCAUCUCAUUUUAUAGUUAGGUAGUUUUAGUUUUGUGAAUGUAGAUUAGGAAAUGUUCUGGAAUUGAAGCUGGUAGCAAACAAGUUUAAUUUCUGCACUGGACGUUAGGACAGGUAUGUAUGGAUGCAAUUCCUUCAGAGAAAGUGAAACAUGGUAAAGCAAAGGGACAGUACUUCUACACACUAAACAGUUGUCUGCUAUCUGCAAACCUUGUUUUAAACAUAAUUAUAACUUCAUAGAAAUCUGAAACUGGAGGAAUGUGUAUUUUAGUAUUUUUUUUUAUUGUUUUCCUUUAUGUCUUCUCAAACUAGGAAAAUGUUUUGAUUCUCUGAUUUGAUUCUGUCCCUGCACAUCAGGUGACUGUCCCCUGCCCCACAGUAGUCUUUUGCCCCUUAGUGAAGGUUUUUCUUCACUCUCCCAACAAGAGGUCCUUUCUCAUGAAAGUCAUAGGCUCAUUUUGCUGUUACUUAGAGCUUUGAGGAGAGAGAUUCUGCCUGCACGUUGAGGGUAAAAUAGUUAGAAAAUAUUCCUUGAAGAAGAAACUCUCUUUACUUAAACAAACAGGUCUGUGCCGAGGACGGGGACUGAGUGCUGCUGAGUCAGCUCCUCCUGUGCUGCAGUCAGCAUGGCUCCUCAGGCCUUUCUUGGGGGUAAAUUUACUUUCUUUCACUGGGCUGUUUCUUAUGAAUAUCUAGUACAGAAUUCCUAGGGAAAAAUAAUGAGCAUUAAUAAAAUGUCACCGGAUGUGUCCAUUCUCAUAAGCAGGGGUUCCGGUCCUUCAUUUUAAGCUGCCUGUGCUCAUGAGGUCUUACACACAGAAGCAUGCCCUUGUGCUUCACUCCUAACCCUCCCUGUUGCUGAGGUGGACCUAAGCAGGAAAUCUCCUCCACACUGUGGGUGCUUCUCCUGUCCAUGCCCAGCAUAACAGAAGAGAAAAAACACCAAAUUAAAAAUGGGGAGGGGAGGUCAUAGUACUUCAUCUGAAGAAUAUUCUGUGAAGCUCAGCUUAACUUACAAAUAGCUUGACAACCUUUUUAUAACCUGGCUUUUGUGCUAUGAUUUACUUUUUUGAUUCAAAGUUGGGAAGAAAAUGCAGUUUCAAUGAAGUGAACAGAAGGAAAGCAGGGGGAAGACAACAUAAGUCAAUUGAACUAAACUAAUACAAUUCUCCAUUCUUAAAACCUCUUCUCAGGGUUACCAAAGAAUGAUCUCACCCCAGUCCUGUCAUUCCUUCCCAUCUCUCUUUUUGAUGGUUUUGAGAAUUAAUAUAACCGUACUCUUGUGAUUCAUGACUUCUCUUCAUGCUAUCAGGACUUUGGAUAAAGAGUGGAUAGAAACCAUUGACUGCUCUGGACCUAAUCUGUUUUCCAGGGCACAUGUAACGUGUGUAUACAGAUAACCAAAAAUCGACUAGUGUUUUGAUAAGGUUUUGCAAUGGUCUGAAGUGCUCAGCUCACAGCUAGGAGAUCUUUAAAAACAAAACUAGCUAUUCUCCUCUUGGCUCUUCAUGGGACAAAUUUUGCCUUGGAGUCAGCAGUAGAGUCAACGGAGAAAUGCCCAAAGUAGUAAAAUUUCAUCCUUACUCCUACCGAUUUAGACUUCAGGUUUCUAGAGGAGCCUGCCAAAGUACACAAAUAAUUUGCUUAGGCAUAUCUAAUUAAGAUCCAUUUUGCACCACUGUUAAAGAAUUGUGGUUUUCAGUUGAACAGAAAGUCCUAGUAGUCCACAUCCUUCACAGCAGGUGAAGGUAAGAAGCCAAUGACAGAGAAAGUCUACAAUUGCUUUGUUUUUAAAAGCCCCACAGUGCCAAAUGGCCUUGUUUCUUUCUAUCUGACAGUACACAUUGAUUCUCCUGAAAUGCCAGUGUGUGUGUGUGGGGGGGGGGGGGAUGAGAACAGUCAGGCAGAGUCCCAUGUGCAGAGGGAGGCUCAGAGACACUGGAGACAGAUGCUUGAGGAUUACCACAUGCCAAGUGCUUCUUCAGAUUCACCCUCGUGGUGAAUACCAAACUGACUCGCAUCAAUUUUCAGCUCUAUAACAAUCCCAUUGCAAAUGUUUUUUAACUGAAUAAUACAAGAAGAGUUACAAUGCAGAAUCUGCAUUUUAGCAUAGUAAUUCACUUUGUAUUUAAUAGUUCUACGUUUUGCUUAAGUGUCAUUCAGUUAUGUGUACCAAUUUAGAAUCCAUCAUUUUGAGAGAGGCCUUGCAAUCUGUGGAUGUGGAUGGAUGUCUGUAUCUCUGUGUAACCAGGCAAAAACAAAACAAAACAAAAAACAAAGAGGAAUGACAUGAGAGAAAAGUGAUCAGUACAGAAUGCGGGCCUAUUGAUGUCAUGUAAGGUGGCUGCUGCUUGUAGACCUUGAAGAAUAGCUGAUUCUGCUACUCAAAAAGAGCGCUGGCUGUUAAAUUUAGGAAGCAGAAAGACUCUCGCUUUUCUUUCUGUACUCAUCUCCCUUGGUACCAGUCACCUGACAUGAGAAAACCAUGAAGAAAAAGCACUACUGACCUUUGCAUUGAGUAGCCCUUUUCCUCCUCUAACUAAUCCCCUUGAUUGCAGCUCAGUGAUAUGACCUUCCCUUCUGCCUACCAGCUCCAUGUUUGGAAGCAUAUUACAGAGGUGCAAGCUGGUGGGUCUCUCCUUUGAGCUGAAACAAACAGGAGCCACAAAAGAGAUGAGUCACACAAGUCCCCACUUUCCUGCACUGGUACCCUUUAGUAAGAGCUGCUGAUGGUUGAGCUUUGAGUCUGUACUCAUUUUUAGUAGGGCUUUUUCUUUUUCUUUUUUCUUUUCUUUUUUUUUGGCUUGUGGUAUUUUUUUUUUUUUUUUUUUUUUUUUUGCACUAAGCAUAACGGCACUGCGUUGCACUACUGAGAUGUAUUUAUUCAUGCCAGAAGAGUGUGUUAGGAAAGGGAAGAAAGACGUAAGCUGGGGGACUGGGAACAUCAUAGAGAAUAGGGGUUAUCUCCAUUAUUGUCUGAGCAGAGCCAGAGAGAAUCUGUGGAAUUUUUUGCCAACUCUUGAUGAAGUCUAGAAACUGCUAUGCUGACAAAACCUGCUUCUUAUUGUAUAGAAGUGUCUUAGUACAGCAAAUGAAGAAUAUUUCACAAGAAAUGUAUCCAGUUUUGUUUCCAAAUAAGCUUACAAUAAAAGCCACAAGAUAAGAAAGCUGACUGGGCUGACACAAAGCCUUCAUCUUGGCUCAUAAGACGCCAUGACACCUCUCACGACAGCACACCUCAGUGUGCCUGAGGGCCAUGGUGUCCAUGUUCAGAUAUCCUUUUUAUCCAUGGCAAGAUGUAGAUCUGGGUAACCAAAGAGGAAGGCCGUGCAUGUGGUGACACUGUAAGGUGACAGUAAGGGAAUGGUGCAAUAAACACUGCCAACCAGUGAGGUGAAAGGCUUAUUCUGAAACAAGGUAGGCCAACUAGAAAACUGGAGGAAGGGUUGGAGGUGUCAUCCAAAUCCACAAGCUGCUCUAUCCUAGACUAUCCUUAAGCAGAGACCUUGAUAGUGCCUAAGAGUUGAAAGUUGUUGCAUUUCCCCCUAAGUUUUAAUUUAUUAUUAUUGCCUUUUUAAAUCUCAGAAGCAAUCGGCAUUUGACAGCUCUUCAGUAACCAUUAACGAGAGGGUCUUGUACCACAGGACAAGCAAUAGACUGUGCGGAGCCUGAGGAUGACAGCUUCUGACAAACGGUGGUCACCAAGAACCACAACUCAUACUGAGUUUCUUUGAACACUGCCCCAUGUAAGGGCAUUAGUUUGGAAAACUCCCAGUUGAGUCACUUUCUCCUUCCUCCCUAUCAUCCAUCCCAGUCUACCUUUCCAAGUCAAAAGUUUCUUCUUACAUAGACAGAAGUGUCAGCCUUGCUAGUUAAACCCCACAUAGAGCAUUCCAAACUCACUUAGGCAGCCCCUUAGGCACUCAAAGCAUCACCUGUAUUUCAAGUAAGAAUUCAAAAAAAAAGAUCUUAACAUACUUAGAAUGCAUAAUGGGAAAGCACUAAGAGGACAUGGAGACACCCAACCAAAGCUAUGAGAAGAAAUAAUUGGCCUUUUAGAAUAUCCUCACAUUGACUAUUCUUGGAUACCUUUCUUGAGACUUUGGGGGACAAGUUUUUCUUGAGACUUGGAUAUCCACUCCAGUCUGUCACCAAAGAUUUUCCUCUCCAGAUCCCAGCCUCCUCUGUCCCAGGCAAAAGUACCAUAACAGGCCUGGGGAUGCUUUCAGUGGUCAGCGAGGACACCCUCCUUCUGUUGACAGUUGUAAUUUAGAUCAUGAGAACGGAGGGGCUACUCAACAGUCUCUAUGACUUGGGAGUUAGUCAAAAGGUUAAAAAAUAUACAGUACUACUUGGCACUGUAAACUGUGUAAAAUACAGCUGUAACCUGGAGGCUUGUGAAGAGAAAGGAAUUCCCAUGGAAAAAAGUGAGCUAAAUAAUUUAGAACCAAGCAAGGAUCAUUAGUGAGAGAGUCCUUUGGCAGUACGCAAGAAACAAGAGCAAAGCAGGGCUCUGUGUGUCCAGGGCCAAUGACAGUGGCAUGUGGAGAUGUAAACAAGAGCCCAGUGGACUCAAAUACCGAGAAGCUACAGUGUUGUGGGACUUGUGGCUGAAAUGUUCAUGCCAUAGCAAGGGAACUCCAUGGAAGCAGAUCUGUUGUGAUAGUGCCUUUCUUGAUGUAGCAAGUUAUGCUUUUCUGGAUCAUUGCCCCAUCUUCUGAAGAGGUCUGAGGGAUGAAGGGAUAGGAUAUUGAUUGCCCCUGAAAUGCUGUGAUUUGAAGAUAUUUGCACUAGAUUCUAAGCUCUCCUUUAAUGAGAGAAUGAGAAAAAAAAUAAAUAAGGACAACUCAAAGUUAAAAGAAACCCAAAGCAAUGUGUUCUAACAUAUCCCCUUCACUACUACAUCUUCUCUCCUUCCCUUCCUUCCCUUCUCUCUUCCUUCUCUUUCUCCUAUGAAAGGAAACUUCACAUUUGUUAUUACCAAAUCUAACCCAUAACAAUUCUUUUUAUUUGUUUUUCCUCCAACACUAAACCAUAAGUUCAUCAGUCAGUCAUUGGCUAGGGAUAGCUAGUUAAGAGCCUUUGCCUGUACUUUGCUUGCCUUCUCUGCCUCAUCAAUGGUGGACAGCAGUGAGUGUUGGAGAGACAAACUAGACCUACCCAGCCUGUAUGGAAGCCAGUGAGUCUGAAUUUAUAGCUCAUCCAAAAGGAUGCUUAGAAACAAAAUGAAGCCACCGUGUUUUCAGUACCAGAUGAAGGUAGUGCCCGAAGUUUACCUGCUUCUUCUCUCUUCUCUUUCCUGCCUUGUCACCAUGUCCUCUCCACCAGAAUUUUACUUCAUCUCAGAUAUAUCACCAGAAGAACUAUUUGAUUCCUUGGUUUCUCUCUUUUUCAGUAGGAUGGUAGCUCUUCCAAAAUUAAAACCAAGCAAAUACUAUUAGCAACUCCCUAUGGUUGAACAGUUUCCCAAGUGGUAUCUAUUUGAUCUUGAUCAUCAGUUCUGAUAACUUGGAAGUUUUGGCUGGCUCAAACAUCUGUCAUCUUUGUGUUCAUUUUGUUUUCAUUUCCAUUUGAAUCUUGAGUGAGAGUGGAAACGUAGACUCAUGGGAAAGAUUUGGAGGCUGCAAUUCUAGGGUAUAGCUUGUAAGAAGUCUGUAUUAUCCGAAUUAGAACUUUCUACACUUGUUUCCAAUUUACUGUUACCCUGAAUAUAAUUUCUAUUACAUUUAUUAUUAUUUUUAUAAAGAUAGAGUCCAUUUGCUAUGUCUAGUUGAGUGCUCUUUUUCUAUUUCCCCACAUGGAUGCAGUACCAACCUGUUACUUAAAUAUCUUUUUAUUAUAUUGUUAAUAUGUAUUCUACUGUAGACCAAAAAUAUAAAAACAAAUUUGCUCAUUUUAAACAUAUAAAGAAUCUAGUGAGUAAGGAUGAAGAGCAGUGGUUAACUGUGUUGUUAGAAAUCUAAUCUAAGAGUAGCCUUACCUGUUUUUAACCAGUGCUUGCCAGUCACACCAUAGCUGGGAUUAUAUUAUCUUGACUUCUUCAUGCUUAUGUUCUACAAACCUUGUUUGUCUGUUUUCUUUGAUGUAAUUGAGGUUGCACAUGAUGCUUUGGGGGGGGGUAAUGCCUGAUUUUAUUGUACUUUUAUCAGUCAUUUCCUUUGGAAGAAUGAGGGGAAAGUUUUAUUUCUUCUUUUAAUUUAAAUUUUGUUUAAUGCACUGGAAAUAAAAUUGGACACAUUUCACUGUUUAAAAAUCAGAAACAAAACAAAACCCCAAAGAAAAAACCAGCAAGCAAAUAAGUAAGCAACACACAAAGACAAAAGCCACAGAAAACAGUCUAUGCUUAUGAAAUAUACAUAUAAGCUAUAUCUCACAUGAGAGAUAAAUACUAUCAAGUAAGAAAAGCAUGAUGUAAGCUACAGUGCAGAAAACUAUCAGAGGAAGCUGAGUUCACAGUAUGUGGAGAAAGCAGGCUGCUCCUUUCUGAGGAGAGAUCCUGACUUUAUUCCAGUGAGAACCAAACAAGCUGCAUGUGGAGAAGAUAAAGGAAGGAGUGACUCCGACCCUCCUUAUGCCACUGGAGCUCUGGGUUACUUUUAUCACGUGUCUAAGCAACACACACACACAUACACACACACGCUGCUUGAGAAGGGUUUGUAAAGAUGUCUGUAUCCAGUGCACACAUGUGCGUGUGUCAGUGCUUGGUUGGUCCCCAUGCUAAUUCACAUGGUUCUCUGAGGCUUACCAGUACAGUCCCACAUCAUGGAAGCCCGUAAGUGGUUCACUGAAAUAGGUGCGUGCUAAGAAAGCACUUGAAUCCAGCCUGUUCCCUUCUCCAGCAGCGCCUAGUACAAGGCCCGUCGCCGCACACGGACGCACAGUGCGAGCUCAGGCACAGGUUACUUCUCUUAGCCAACUGGCUCAUUAUUUGCUUAAAUAUUUGCUGGGUUUUUCUAGUUUUGUUCUGUUUUAGAAUGGGGUGGGAAUGGAUGUAACUUCACAAUCCUAAUACAGUAAAGUUUUGCAUCUUCCAUAUCUUAUGCAAAAACAGACAUUUAAAUCAAUAAAUAAUUGUGCCCUAGACUGAAAGUUAAUGUUUAGGAGAAGGAAAAAAUUGUUGGAAUUUUUUCUACAUUUUUUUGUGAAGAAUCUUUUUUGGAAAGGAAGGAUACAUAUUUUUGUUGUGUAAUAUUUUCUAUUUUUGAAUGCAUUUUAUUGGUACAAGACUGUUUUUUUGGUGAAGACAUUAUUUAAAAAAAGAAAAAAAGAAAAAAACUAAUCGAAAAGUUUGCCCUUAAGGAUAUGCUGCAGUUUUGAGGUUAAAAAAUAAUAACUGAUUCAAGAUGCGUGUUAAAAGUUGGGAUUAUAUUGUUGUUUUUUGUAAUUGUUACAAGAAGUUUGUACCCACUGCUGUUUAUUUUGUUUCAGAUGAGUAAGUAAAGGGAUUGUUCUUGUUUUAUUCUUUUUUUAGAGAAAAAGCUAUUUAUGAAAUGUCAAAAACACUGGACUGUGAGUUUAAGUGUGGACGCAUUUUUACCACCCUGUGUCUUCAACCAGUUAUGGGAAACCCCUUUUCUCUCCCCCCUGCCUUAGCCUUGCCAAAUGAGGAAAACAUAACAGCUCUCAGAUGACAGAAGCCUCCAAAGCCCUGCUUUAAUUUUUAUGGUCUGAAAAAGUCGGAAAACCAAAGUUAAAUUUGUUUCUGAAAUCCCACUGUCCAUAGCCCCUUUUUUGUAUACCACAGCCGGUUGGCUCUGCCUCUCUAUAUUGGAUCAUUGCCUUCUUAGGAACCUGGGGCCAGCUCUGCGGAGAGGCCUGAGGCGGUGAGGUCUCCUGAAGUGAAAUGGGAGUGGGACUUCAGCCUUCCCAGGGCAGCCGAGCUUCUCCACCCAGAGGAAGGCUGCCGAGAGCACACACAGCUAACAGUGCCUGGUUGGGCUGCUCUGUCACCUUCACCUUCGGCUUCUCAGACCUUGCAGUCCGACGGCUCUGCCUUCUCAGCAGCCCACGUUCCGAUGGUGGAAGGGGACGGGAACCAAGUAGAAAACCCGGCUCCGGGUUCUGUGAAGGCCUGGCCCACAGGAGGUAAAGCAAGGGACCACUCAGCACAGGCCCCUUGCAGCCUGCCCGCCCACCUCCUCUUUGACUUUGUGGAUUGUCCAUCCAUCUGCUCACUGUGAAGAUGGAGAGGCAGUGUUUCCUGAGGCUGUUCAAUAGCUUUUCCAUAUUUUUUCAACAUUGAAAAAAUAAUUUUUAAAAACUGUGAUAUUUUUUAAAAAUCAUUUGGCUGGAGGGAAGGGAAAAGGGAACCACCAAAAGCUGUAACAUGAUUAACUGGAGAUAUUUGUAACUGGGGCACUUUCCAGACCAAGAGAGAUCAUUCUUUUCUGGACCCUAAAGCAGCAAACUCUUGAGAUGUCAGUGACAAAAAGCUGAAGAGAGGGUUCCCUCCCCCACCCCACCCUACUCCUUUCUUCUCUGUCUCAAAAUCUCUCUCGCUGUCUUUUCUAGCUUCCCUUGGUAACUGUCCAAUGGGCUUCAUACUUCAAAAACACGUGUACACACUCACGAACACACAGACACACACAAACAAAAAAAAAUCUAUUUUUCUGGAGGAUCGUGGGGCCGAAUUAAAAUCAUGUGCCUUCAUUUUUUUUCCUUUUAUAGUUAAAUGAACCUCUUCCUUUUUACAGUGCAUUGGGUUUGGUUUGGUUUUUAGAAGAGGGGAGGUUAAAGUGUUUAUGGAAGAUUUUAGGCAUCGUUUAGAGGAGAUUUAAAAAAAAA